AUGUUUCUCUUUUCCCGUAAGACCAAGACUCCCAUCAGCACCUACACUGAUUCCUACAGAGCUCCUACCUCCAUCAAGGAGGUCUAUAAGGACCCACCUCUGUGGGCCUGGGAAGCCAACAAGUUUGUGACUCGGGGACUUUCUCAGACCAUGCAGCGCCACGUGGACCCUGAAGCCCUGCAGAAGAUGGUCAAAUGUGCUGUGCAGGACUAUAGCUAUAAAGGUUCUGUGCCAGGCCACCCAUAUCUACCGGAGAAGUACUGGCUCUCUCAGCAGGAAGCAGACAGAUGCAACCCAAACUACCUGUGCAGUGACCAGUAUAACACAUGGAGAACGGGACCUUACUACUGCAACGGCUGGAACAGCAAAUACACCACAUGCCUCCCCCGGCUGCCUAAGGAGGCUGGAAUGGAGACAGCAGUUCGGGGAAUGCCCUUGGAGUGUCCUCCUAAACCCGAGCGACUCAAUGCUUACGAGCGCGACGUGGUGGUGAACAUGCUGAACUCGCUGUCAAGACACCAGCAGCUGCCGCAGAUCACAUCCCGCUGCGGCUGCCUGGACCCCCUGCAGGGCCGCCUGCCCUUCCAAGGUUAUGAAAGCCCUUGCUCUGGCCGCCACUACUGUCUGCGCGGGAUGGACUACUGUGUCACCGGGGCACCCUGCACCGAACGCCGCCAGCGGGCCUUGUGCUCACAGCCGACUGUAAGCAGUGUAUCACCCUGCAAGCACCGGCCCGGAAUGCAGUGUGCUGUAAUAACUCCCCCGCCAUCAUACUACCCAUGUCCGAACCUUAGAUGGGACACAAGUCAUUUCAAGAAGACCGGUGGCCCCCAGAGAAACAACUAUGUCGUCCACCCUGAGUUUGUGUCUGAGACCUAUCCUGAUUACCACUGCUGUUAGAGCCCAGGCUGGCGGGGCCAAG